AAUCUUUAAAUAGCUCAUUGAUAGAUUUAGAACCUACAAAUAGUAUGGGUGUGGAACCAGAAAUAUGUGUACCAUUAGAAAUAGAGCAAAGCAACAAACAAGAUCUUCAAAUUUCAGUAGAUGCUUCAUUUUUGUCAUGGGAUUUAGCUGAAGCGCAACUCAACAGUUAUGCAAAAGCUAAAGGUUUCUCCCUAUGUUGA